CCGUGAUAGUCGCUUUUAUUCUCGCGAUAUUUCCGGGUACGCGGGAGUCCCGGCGACCCGGGCUUCUGUGAAAGAUGGCGGUAGGCUGGGAUCGUAACCUAAGAAAACUAAGUGCAUGAGAAAAAAAUCAUAAUUCGAAGUCUGCUUUGUGAGCAUGGAACCAGCAAGGGAAGCAUGACUAUAUGAAGGAAGAGGAAGGUUUUCCUGAAGAUGAGGCGACUGAAUCGGAAAAAAACUUUAAGUUUGGUAAAAGAGUUGGAUGCCUUUCCAAAGGUUCCUGAGAGCUAUGUAGAGACAUCAGCUAGUGGAGGUACAGUUUCUCUAAUAGCAUUUACCACUAUGGCUUUAUUAACCAUAAUGGAAUUCUCAGUAUAUCAAGAUACAUGGAUGAAGUAUGAAUAUGAAGUAGACAAGGAUUUUUCUAGCAAAUUGAGAAUCAAUAUAGAUAUUACUGUUGCCAUGAAGUGUCAAUAUGUUGGAGCAGAUGUAUUGGAUUUAGCAGAAACAAUGGUUGCAUCUGCAGAUGGUCUAGUUUAUGAACCAACAGUAUUUGAUCUUUCACCACAGCAGAAAGAAUGGCAGAGGAUGCUGCAGCUGAUUCAGAGUAGGCUACAAGAAGAGCAUUCACUUCAAGAUGUGAUAUUUAAAAGUGCUUUUAAAAGUGCAUCAACAGCUCUUCCACCAAGGGAAGAUGAUUCAUCACAGUCUCCAGAUGCAUGCAGAAUUCAUGGUCAUCUGUAUGUCAAUAAAGUAGCCGGGAAUUUUCACAUAACAGUGGGCAAGGCAAUUCCACAUCCUCGCGGUCAUGCACAUUUGGCAGCACUAGUCAACCAUGACUCUUACAACUUUUCUCAUAGAAUAGAUCAUUUGUCUUUUGGAGAGCUUGUUCCAGCAAUUAUUAAUCCUUUAGAUGGAACUGAAAAAAUUGCUAUAGAUCACAACCAGAUGUUCCAAUAUUUUAUUACAGUUGUGCCAACAAAACUACAUACAUAUAAAAUAUCAGCAGACACCCAUCAGUUUUCUGUGACAGAGAGGGAACGUAUCAUUAACCAUGCUGCAGGCAGCCAUGGAGUCUCUGGGAUAUUUAUGAAAUAUGAUCUCAGUUCUCUUAUGGUGACAGUUACUGAGGAGCAUAUGCCAUUCUGGCAGUUUUUUGUAAGACUCUGUGGUAUUGUUGGAGGAAUCUUUUCAACAACAGGCAUGUUACAUGGAAUUGGAAAAUUUAUAGUUGAAAUAAUUUGCUGUCGUUUCAGACUUGGAUCCUAUAAACCUGUCAAUUCUGUUCCCUUUGAGGAUGGCCACACAGACAACCACUUACCUCUUUUAGAAAAUAAUACACAUUAACACCUCCCAAGUGAAGGAGAAAAACUUUUUGCCUGAGACAUAAAACCUUUUUUUAAUAAUAAAAUAUUGUGCAAUAUAUUCAAAGAAAAGAAAACACAAAUAAGCAGGAAACAUACUUGUUUUAAAAAAGAAAAAAAAAGGAAAAAAAGAACCCCAAACUGAAAUUCUUAUAUUUGUUGUGUCUGUUACAAAUGUCAUAGAAGAAAUAAUGCAGCUAAACAGUGAAGAAGCCCAACUGGAGUGUUGCUUUGAAGAUGACGCCUUCUUAAAUUUUCACACAAAAUGAGCAGUAUCGAAAUCAGACUUGGAUUCUUGGUGAUAAAAAGCCUGAAGGAAAUAAGUGAAACCACAUCUAUCUAUAGAAAAAAAAAAAAAAGUUGAGAAGUGCAAAUGUUUGCAUCCUUUUGUUUUUAAAAGAUAUGAUAUCAGAAUAAAAUGUGGAAAACAUAUGGAAAACUAGUCUAGACUUUAAAGAAUUGUGAUCAGGUCAAAAUAAAAACAGGGACUAGUCCCUAUGUUAUAGCCAUAUUAAUGUUAAGCCAUAUUGAGAAGACCAUUUAUCCACUAACUUGGUCUAAAAAAGUAACUGCUUUUCUUUGGACUCUGGUUAUUGACUUUUUUAACUGAUGAAGGUAGAGUCUUAGAAGAUCAAGGUCAGUUCUUACAGGCGCAGGUAUGUAGGUGUUAUGUAACAGAGGUGUCAUUCACAAAUGGUAUAGUAGUCUCUUACACAGGGAAAAGAAAGCACAUUUUUUAAAAAGAUGCCAAGUUUCCAAAUCUAAUCAUUAUAUUAUUGGUAUAUUUUGGGGGACAUAGGGUGAGUUAUUUAAAAGAUCCACUACUGAUAGUGAAAAUUAUCAGCUUGUAAAACAUUAAGUAAGAGAAAAAUAGAAUAUUUUAUACAUGUGGUAAGUGGGGAACAGGGUAACUUUUAAAUGAAAGUGUAAGGCAAACUUUAAGCACAAGAUAUAUCAGAUCUGAGAGGUGCCAUAUUAAUGUUCAUUAAACUGUAAAACUGGAUUAUGAAAGAAGUAUUUGCAUUCAGAGUGUCCUGAAUAUGAAUGAUUCUGUAUUAGAUUGUUUUCUAACUUUCUUAACUAUUUAAGGGUUGGUUCUAAAUCUUCAGAAUAUAAAAGAUUAAAAGUAGAGGGAGCUAUCAUACAGGUACUAUUAAAAGCUGUAUUUGGAGUAUGUAUGCCAGUAUCAGUUUUCCUUUUGUAAUACUGAAUGAUGGUAGAAGAAUCAUCAACCAAUCCCCAAAGUUGAAAUCAUUUAGAGAAAUGGGAAAACAAAAUUCCAGGUAAAUAACAAGACUGGAAGACUAAGUUACAGUUUUUCAAAUGGAUUUAUUUUAAAGACAAAGUUAUAAAAACAGGAUGAACAAUAUAAUGGGGAAAAGGAGAAAUAGUGAUGGGUCUAUUUUGCAUUAAAAUUUAUGCAGAAUGACAUUCUGCAGAAAAUAAGCAUCAUUUUAAAAAAUGAUAAUCGUUAACAGCCAUGAAGUUAACUGAUGAAAGUAGAUGAUACACUUUGAAAGAUUUUGAAUCCAGAAAAUUCUAAAUAGUAAAUGAAGCUUCUCUAGGUUUUGAUUUUUUUUUUCCUUCAGAUUAUUUCCAACAAAGUUGGGCUAUAAACUAACGAAACAUCUGUCAACAGGAAUUUUAACAGGAAAGAAUUAGAAUUUUAGACUGUCCUUUAAGUAUCCUUGUGAGAAAAUUCAAUCGAGUUUUGUUUUUUUUCUAAAUGGGAGGGAAAACAAUAUUGAUUUAGGAUUAUUUUAGAACAGUUAAGUAUCUUUAAAAAGGAUUUAAAAAAUUCUUUUGAUACUUAUGAUUUUUGUUUUCAUAUUUUCCAAAUACCAUAUUAAAAUUUUAAUUUUAAUGAGAUCUCCAUAUUAAAAUUUUAAUGAGAAUUUAUUUAAAGCAAAAUUCUGCUUUGCCAUUGAUUUACAUUUUAAAGGUUGAAGGCUUCCAUCUGAAACUCCGCAAAUAGAGUCAGAUUUUUGGCAAUGGAAGUAUUAAAAUUCCAGCCAGCCAUUUGGAUGAUGAAGUUUACCUGCCUAUUAGGAUUUGUUAGGAGUUUUUGGCCUCACCAACUGUUUUCUAUUGCAGAGAGCACUUUAUUCACCUGCCUAUUGUGCAGCUUUCCCUCUGCGUGGAGGUGCCUCCAGCCAGGAUACCCUACUUUAUUACCCAAUUCUCCUUUUCAUUUUACAAGAGUAUUCGUAAUAUCUAUAUGUAUGUAGUAUUCCAGAUACAUAUGUAAAAGUCUGAGACCUCAAACUAUAUGAAAUGGAUUUUUUAAAAGUUACAGUUUGCAUACAUUGGCCUAUAAAGAAGAGUAAAUAUUUAGGUGAAUAAUUCCCUUCUUCGGUAUUUGUACACUUCAGACUACCUCUUAGGAAAAGCUUAACUUAGUAUUACAAAAUUACCUUUAUUAUUAUUUUUUUUUUUUUUAGAAAGAGAUGGGGCCUCUCGCUGUUGCCCAGGCUAAAGUGCAGUGGUGCGAUCAUAACUCACCGCAUCCUGGAACUCAUGGGUUAAAGCAAUCCUCCUGCCUCAAUCUGCUGAGUAGGUAGGACUACAGGCAUGCACCAACAAACCUGGCUAGUUCUUUUUCAUUUAUAUAGGUAGAGUCUUUCUGUGUUGCCCAGGCCGGACUCCAACUCCUGGACUCAAGUAAUCCUCCCACCUUAGGCUGCUGCAUUGCUGGGAUUAUAGGCAUGAGCUACACUGCACCUGGUACUCAAAUUACUUCUAGUUCUCAACUUAGAUGAUUAAUAUCACACUUUUCUCAUAUACAUUUUAUGAUAGCAUUGAAUUUUUAUAAUUAAAAGUUUACUAAUGCAAA